AUGUGGAGGCCGUCCCCGGGCUAUCGCUCCAACACCGCGUGGACAACCAAGAAGAACAGGGUCCUGGCUGCCUCACCUCCUCCGGGUCCUGACCACCUCACCUCCCCCGGGUCCUGGCUGCCUCACCUCCCCGGGUCCUGGCCGCCUCACCUCCCCCGGGUCCUGGCUGCCUCACUUCCUCCGGGUCCUGACCACCUCACCUCCCUCGGGUCCUGGCUGCCUCACCUCCCCGGGUCCUGGCCGCCUCACCUCCUCCGGGUACUGGCCGCCUCACCUCCCCCGGGUACUGGCCGCUUCACCUCCCCCGGGUACUGGCCGCCUCACCUCCCCCGGGUACUGGCCGCCUCACCUCCCCCGGGUACUGGCAGGGUCCUGACCGCCUCACCUCCCCGGGUCCUGACCGCCUCACCUCCCCGGGUCAUGACCGCCUCACCUACUCGGGUCCUGGACUGCCUCACCUCCCCGGGUCCUGACCGCCUAACCUUCCUGGGUCCUGGCCGCCUCACCUUCCAGGGUCCUGACCGCCUAACCUCCCCGGGUCCUGGACCGCCUCACCUCCCCGGGGUCCUGACCGCCUCACCUCCCCGGGUCCUGACCGCCUCACCUCCCCGAGUCCUGACCGCCUCACCUUCCUGGGUCCUGGCCGCCUCACCUCCCCGGGUUCUGGACCGCCUCACCUCCCCUGGUCCUGGCCGCCUCACCUUCCUGGGUCCUGGCCGCUUCACCUCCCCGGGUCCUGGACCGCCUCACCUCCCCGGGGUCCUGGACCGCCUCACCUCCCCGGGUCCUGACCGCCUCACCUCCCCGGGUCCUGGCCGCCUCACCUUCGUGGGUCCUGGCCGCCUCACCUCCCAAGGUCCUGACCGCCUAACCUUACUGGGUCCUGGCCGCCUCACCUCACCGGGGCCUGACCGCCUCACCUCCCGGUUGCUGACCGCCUCACCUCCCGGGGUCCUGGCCGCUUCACCUUCCUGGGUCCUGACCGCCUCACCUCCUCCGGGUCCUGACCGCCUCGCCUCCCCGGGUCCUGACCGCCUCACCUUCGUGGGUCCUGACCGCCUCACCUCACCGGGUCCUGACCGCCUCACCUUCGUGGGUCCUGACAGCCUCACCUCACCGGGGCCUGACCGCCUCACCUCCCGGUUCCUGACCGCCUCACCUCCGCGGGUCCUGACCGCCUCACCUUCGUGGGCCUUGACCGCCUCACCUUCGUGGGUCCUGACCGCCUCACCUCACCGGGUCCUGACCGCCUCACCUUCGUGGGUCCUGACCGCCUCACCUUCGUGGGUCCUGACCGCCUCACCUCACCGGGUCCUGACCGCCUCACCUUCGUGGGUCCUGACCGCCUCACCUCACCGGGGCCUGACCGCCUCACCUCCCGGGUCCUGGACCGCCUCACCUCCCCGG